UUCUUUAAAAACCCUGCACCGAAGAUGAUAUUUCGAAAUGUAGAAAUUCCGAGAGAAUGCAUGCUUACUUUAAAUAAGAAAUAUAUCCUGAUAGCCAAGUAUGAUCGGAAUUCAGAAAACAUCCACGUGGAUUGUAACGAUAUACUGGAUUGGGAAUCACUUUCAGGAUUUCAAAAGGGUCGAUUACGUCGUGGAGGCUACAGUUGUGGUAUAGAGAUAUGCAUCAAUGAUUGUGUGGAUAACGAGGGAUGUGCUUCUACCCAUGUGCCGCUUGCUUGUAGAAUGGAAAAGGAAGAAGAAAAUUGCUAUGACAAAUAUGCAGAGUGCAAACCUAAUGUUGAAACAUCGAGCGGGGAUUGGGAAAUGCAAGACAAAGUUUUCAGUUCAUGCCAACAACUGGAAAAUCCCAUUCCGGUUUUUGUAGAUCCUUCAGGUUCCGGAAAUGGAACCGAGCCUACAGCGGUUCCGUGAUGUUCAUUAUAUUAUAAUAAUUCCUUGGAAACAUUACUU